CAGGCAGUCUGAUCAGACCACUUAUUGUCAGUGUUGGUAGAUCAGGAGUAGUCUGAGCAUUGCCCCGUCUCUGUGGAUCCCUUUGUCUCUUGUAUGUGUGCCAGACUGUCUGCUGCUGCCUGCAUGCUCCCUGUGUGUGUCUGUACAUCGAUCUGCCCCAGUCUCUUCCUCCCUGCACUCACACAAACACACUCACUCACUCACACACUCUAUCUCCACCCCUCCUGCUGUCUCUCUGCUGUGAUCUCCUGUUUCUCUUGUAACACUAUUGCUCUUUCAGUCCCAUCUGUCCAUUGCUUGUUUCGGGUCCUGCUUGUUGCUGCCUCCCUGUGCACUGCUUUUUGGGCUGUUUGCGUGGUUGGCUGUGGACUGUUUUUGCAUCACUUUACCCACCCCCUGUCUCCAUCACAGUCUCCCUCUGCCUGCCUGCCUGCCCCAGUGCCUUGCUUUUCCUCUUUAAUAUGUUUAGGUGCCCUCUUUCUGUCUUGGUGCUGGCUCUGAUCUCUGCUAGGCUUUAGCUCUUAUUUAGUUCUUUAUUCUUAUUGUUUUCUUACCUUGCCUUAGUUCCAUUGCUCCCUUAAAGUCUGUGUCUUCUCCUCUCAGUCUGCACCCUUAUCCUCAUCCUGCUGUCUCCCUGGUGCCUAUAGGUCCCUGGCUGUGUGUGCCCCUGCUCCCAACUCACUGUGUUGGGGUCUUCCUUUGUGUUCCUGGGUACCAGGGUGUGUGUACAGGCGGAUCAUGCGGCUUCUAGUCCACUACUAAACACUCAACAGGAUUUGUUUGGAUAUUGAAGGCAGAAAACUUGUUGGAACUUAGAGGUCUUCUCCUGGCCUUCAACAGAUCUAUCCGAAAACAUGGACGCAGGGAAAAUGACUGUGAGUAUAAACAAAGCCAUCAACACUCAAGAAGCUGCCGUGAAGGAAAAACAUGCAAGAACUUGUAUCUUGGGGACCCACCAUGAAAAAGGUGCUCAUACGUUCUGGGUAGCUGUGAAUCGUCUCCCCCUGUCCAGUAAUGCAGUUCUGUGCUGGAAAUUCUGUCAUGUGUUCCACAAACUCCUCCGCGAUGGACACCCCAAUGUUCUAAAGGAUUCCCUUCGGUAUAAAAAUGAGCUCAUCGACAUGAGUCGAAUGUGGGGCCAUCUCAGUGAUGGAUAUGGGCAACUGUGCAGCAUCUACCUCAAGCUGCUGAACACUAAGAUGGAGUUUCACACAAAGAAUCCUCGUUUCCCUGGCAACCUUCAGAUGACUGACAGGCAAUUGGAUGAGGCUGGCGAGAACGAUGUUAACAAUUUUUUCCAGUUAACGGUGGAAAUAUUCGAUUACAUGGAGUGGGAGCUCAAUUUGUUUCACACAGUGUUUAAAUCUUUGGACAUGUCGCGCUCGGUGUCUGUUACCGCUGCUGGCCAAUGUCGACUGUCACCACUCAUACAGGUCAUCCUAGAUUGCAGCCAUUUAUAUGACUACACGGUCAAACUGCUGUUUAAGCUACAUUCCUGCCUCCCUACCGACACACUACAGGGACAUCGAGAUCGCUUCAUGGAGCAGUUCCAGAAGCUAAAGGAUUUGUUUUAUCGUUCAAGCAACCUGCAGUACUUUAAACGCCUCCUCCAGAUUCCUCAGCUGCCUGAGAACCCUCCAAACUUCCUCCGUGCAUCGGCACUCUCAGAGCAUAUUAGCCCAGUGGUGUUGAUACCAACAGAAAAUUCUCCUCCUGACAGUGAGACUCUAAUAGAAACAGAGGACCUGGUAGGAAUGGAUUCAUCAUCCCAUCAGGGCGUACCUGAAAAUAAGUUUGAUGAUAUAUUUGGCAGCUCCUUCGUUAAUGAUCCAUUUAAUUUCAACAGCCAGAAUGGCAUGAGUAGAGAUGACAAAGAUCGACUAAUCGAGCAGCUGUACAAAGAGAUUGCUGUUUUACGAGAUGACUUUGGAAACUUCAAGGCAGAGAGCCAUCGACUGGUUAUUAACCUUAAGGGCCGAAUUCAGGAACUGGAGGCAGAGUUAGCGGAACAGAAACACUUGCGUGAGCAAGCUGUCGAUGAGUAUGAGUUUCUGCGUGCAGAGCUGGAAGAUCUGAAGAGGAGAAGACAAGACACAGAAAAGGCACAAAAAAGCCUGACCGAGAUUGAGAGAAAGUCCAUCGCUAAUGAGCAGCGGUAUACAAAGCUGAAGGAGAAAUAUGCAGAGCUUGUGCAGAGUCACGCGGACCUCCUGAGGAAGAAUGCUGAGGUAACAAAACAAGUGACUUUGGCACGGGAAGCCCUUGGAGACAUGGAACGCUCUAAGAAAGAGUUAGAGGAUUCAUACCAACGUGUGAAUGAACACACACAGAGGAAGACAGAGGAGCAGAUACAGCAUAUGGAUGACCUACAAGGGGCACUUGAGUCCAGUAAACAAGACGUUCUGCUUCUUAAGACCAGCUUAAAGACUGCAAAGGAGGAGAGCCGCAAACAGAUUCAAGAAGUUGAAGACUGUGUCCUACAGCGCCUUCUAGAGGAGACUGAGGGUAUUAUACAGGAGUCGCUCAGUCGGCUGGAUGAACCUCUGUAUGCAAAUAGUAGUAUAUCUACAGACUUUUUCAUUUCCAGAACACUGGCUGCGAUAGAAAGUACAGAGAAAAUAGAGAAAGUAUGGAAGGAGAGGCUGUCUGAAACAUCAGGUGUUAGUCUGGUGCUGCCACAUCUUCUUCAGUUUGCAUAUCGAAUAAGUGAUGUUAUUACACAAGGAGCACAGACCAGGGCAUCAGUAGGCUUUCUUUUUUCAGAGUUGAGUGACGGUUGUCGGGAGUGUGGUACGGAAGCUCUUAACUACCUCUCCUGCCUACGAAACAAUGAGAUGGAGAGUGGAGCAGACUGUAGUAAGAUUACUGCCGCACUGAAACACAUAGCAGAAAUUGUUCAGGAGCUUCGGCCUCCAACACUGGAUAUUAAAGAGGAGGAACUUGGUGAUCUGGUGGAGAAGGAGAUGUCGGCCACAGCAGCAGCUGUAGAAACCGCUGCCUCCAGGAUCGAGGAUAUGCUUAAUAAAUCCAGGACCGAUGACACUGGAUUAAAAUUACAAGUCAGUGAAAGGAUACUUGGGUCAUGUACCGAUCUCAUGCAGGGGAUAAAAGCUUUGAUCAUGGCAUCCAAGGACCUUCAGAAAGAGAUUGUUGAGAGUGGCAGGGGAGCGGCCUCCCCAAAAGAAUUCUAUGCUAGGAACUCUCGCUGGACAGAGGGACUAAUCUCUGCUUCGAAGGCAGUGGGUUGGGGAGCGACUGUUAUGGUGGAUGCUGCAGAUCUUGUGGUCCAGGGACAAGGAAAGUUUGAAGACCUUAUUGUGUGUUCCCAUGAAAUUGCUGCCAGCACAGCCCAGCUUGUGGCAGGUUCCAAGGUAAAGGCAGAGAAGGGCAGUUCCAAUCUAGCAAGGCUCCAGCAGGCCUCUAAAGUCGUAAAUCACAAUGCUGCUGCGGUGGUGGCUUCCACGAAAUCUGUCAAGUCUGAGAUUGAAGAAAAAGACACAAUGGAUUUUUCCAACAUGACACUAACACAGAUUAAGCGCCAGGAGAUGGAUUCUCAGGUGCGGGUGCUGGAACUUGAAAACCAAUUACAAAAGGAAAGAGAGAAGCUGGGAGAGCUUCGGAAAAAGCACUAUGACCUGGCAGGUGUCUCAGAGGGCUGGGGAGAUGACACUGAAUAAGCCCAAUUACAGCUUCUUAUCACAAUGCUGAAUGCACAAACAGCGUCAAAUCUCAGAAUAGGAAAGCACAUGCAUAGGCAUUCAAUACAAACCUCUCCAACACUGCCAGGACUAGCUGGUACCGAGUAUUCUCGAAGGGCCACAGAAGUGGCAGAGGAACGAUGGUGGGAGUGAAGCACCAGGGUGUGAUAGGAAAGCCAGCAACAAGACAAAAAGCAUUAUAACACCAAUCACGCUCCAAAUCACUUUUCACCUUUUAACGUGCUUGGCAGUCAAAGAACUGCUCCGUCUCUUGUUGUGAAUUAUAGUUUAGCCUUUAACAUCGCAAAUAUGAAGACAGUGCAACUAAUCGCCAAGAAGUGGAAUGAUGUCUCAAAAUUUAGCACCCAAGGAAUACGAUUAUGCCUUUCUCUGGCGCCUUAAUAGCAUCAAGGGAUGCAAAAACUGCUAUGGUUUUACUGCAGGGAACGUGUCAACCUCUGAAGGAUUGAAGUAAACCUAUGGUUGUUUUUGUGCAAUUUUAUUGGAAUUACCUAACACACAGUAAGGGACAAUGGUCUGUUUGUACGAUGUUGAUGUGUGAUGGAAAGACCUCAAAGUUUCAAUAACUUACCAUAGGAUGACAACAAAAAAGAUAAGGGGAAGAAGAGUCAUGAACCGCAGAACCUGUUCUCAGGAUCGCUAUUUCCAAAUACAAUCCUUUAGCUGUACUGCUAGUAUUGGUGCUGAAAACAUAACUACACCAUUACAAAAACAAUAUUUGUUAGUGGUAGGAACAAGGUGCGGGCUAAUUGUCCAGAGGCCUAAAUCUUCAGUUUUUCAGCUGUACCGAUGCUAACGGAACAGUAUUCACUCAUAUGCUGUGUUUAUUGAUUAUCUUUCAAAAAUAGAGUGAUGCUGUGCAGUAACAUUGUGUUGUGUAUGUCCCUUAUUAGAUACAAAUGAGGUGGCCUGCAAAGGCACCACAUCUCUUUGUCUAGAUAGGUAGGACAAUGACAACCAUACUUCAGGAUACAACCCUUCAUCAACUCUCUCUGUUUAUGGUGCUUCUGUGUCAUUCUCUUUGGGUCCUAUAAUGCCCCCAACAGCCAUAAAUAAAGAAGCAUCAGAAUGUUUUACUCUAGGCAGCAGUUAUGGGCACACUGUGAGAUUAACAGGGGACUCAUCAUGUAGGCCAUGGUGUAUCAACAUCACGUGUGUGCCAUAAGAUGUGUGGCUCAAAUACAUGUCACCGUUUCAUUUACAUAAAUAAACCCAUGCUACUUUU